AUGAAACCUGUUUUUGUGCUUCUCCUAAUCUUUCUUGUGGCUCCUACAAGGCCAUUCUCAGCAUCAUCAUCAUCUCCCACCAUUUCCCAUGGCAGCAACAACUCUGUAUGCCCAGUGGGAAUGGAUUAUGUGCUGACAGUCCCCUGGAACUCCUCUAGCUGCCAUAACUUCCAACCUUUCCCAUCCAAAAACAUAACACGUUCAAGUUUUUGUUGCACUGCUCUGUUAUCCCUCUUUGGCAUAGCACUUGCUCAAAACCUCAAAGAAAACUCUCUUUUCCAGUUCCCGAAUCUUCCCACCUCAAAAUCCUGCCUUCAUCACUUCCAAUCCAAGCUCAGUGCUCUCUCACUUCCAAACAACCUUGUUUCCUCUUGUUUUGACCCGCUUCAAUUUGUUAUCAGUCCCAACCUAUGCGCUAACAUCCAAUCUAAGCAAGACUGGAUCAACAAUCUUGGUCCUACAACUCGGUUCAACGAUGCCUGUAAGCCAGACCUCAGUGUCUCUGCCAACUGCGACAUUUGUGUCACAGAAGGUCUAAAUGUUCUGCAAAAGAUGAAUGCUAUUGAUGGAAAUGCUUCUCAUUCCCAAGACUGUUUUUAUUUUUCAAUUCUAUAUGCUGCUGGAAUCGCAAACGAGCUUGGCCCUGAAAGCAGAGGUGCUAUGUCUUGUAUUUAUGAGUUGCCACUUAUUAAUGAUCAAGGGAGAGGUGCCAGAAGAAGGAGCCAUAAUCAUGCUCUUGUAUUUGGUUUAAUUGGAGCUUCAAUUGGAAUCUUGGUUGUGUCUUCCUUGAUAGGUUUGUGUCUGUGGUACAACAGGUUGGGGACGAGAAAAGCUGCUGAGAAUUUGUAUGUCUGUGCUGAACCGACAGUGCAAGGGUCUAGGACUCGAGUAAGACCAAAUACAGGGUCAAUUUGGUUCAAGUUUGAGGACCUAGUGAAGGCCACUAACAAUUUUUCAACCCAGAACUUCAUUGGCAGAGGUGGUUCUGGCUUAGUUUACAAGGGCAUUCUACCUGAUGGCACAAUGGUUGCAGUUAAAAGGAUAGAAGAAUCGGAUUCUCAAGGAGAUGAAGAAUUCUACAGGGAGGUGGAGAUUAUUAGCAACUUGAAACACCGCAAUCUAGUGCUGCUAAGAGGGUGUUGUGUGGUUGAUAAAGAAGAAGAGGAGGAUUCCGGGUACAGAGAAAACCAAAGAUAUCUUGUUUAUGAUUACAUGCCAAAUGGUAGCCUUGAAGACCAUCUCUUCUCUUCCAUGGACAACCGAAAUAUGAAGAAAUCACUUACUUGGUCUCAAAGAAAGAGCAUAAUCUUGGAUGUGGCAAAUGGGUUGGUCUAUUUGCACUUUGGAGUUAAACCUGCAAUCUAUCACAGAGAUAUCAAAACCACCAAUAUACUGCUUGAUGCAGGUAUGAAUGCAAGGGUUGCGGAUUUCGGGUUAGCUAAACAAAACAUUGAAAGUAGGUCUCUGAUAAAUACAAGAGUUGCUGGAACUCAUGGGUACCUGGCACCAGAAUAUGCACUUUAUGGCCAAUUAUCUGAAAAGAGUGAUGUCUAUAGUUUUGGUGUGGUUAUAUUGGAAAUAUUGUGUGGAAGAAAAGCUCUUGAUUUAUCUUCAUCUGGAACAUCUGCAUUCUUUAUCUCAGAUUGGGUUUGGUCAUUGCUGAAAUCUGGUAACUUAGAAUCAGCUUUGGAUGCUUCUAUGUUAAUAGAUGAAAACCUUACUAGUAGGAAAAUAAUAGAAAGAUUCUUAAUGGUUGGUGUUCUGUCUUCUCAUGUAGUAGCUGAUUCAAGGCCAACAAUUUUGGAUGCUUUGAAGAUGUUAGAAGGGGAUAUUGAGAUUCCACCAAUUCCAGAUAGGCCAAUGGCUCUUGCACACCAUGUUUUUCCCAUAGUUAUUUAGAAU